AAAGCAAUCGGUUCUUCAGAACACCCGCUCAUAGGUCCGGGAGUAGUACUAGUUCAGCGUUCGUCAGUUCAUACCUACAUGUCUAAGCGUACUACUAGUAUUAUUACAAGGACAAUAGAACUCUGGACCGGUACCGGCUGUUGUGAAGUGCAGUAUGGUUUCCUCGGCACAGAUGGGGCGGUUCAAGUGGCUGUUCCUCCUGUGUCUGUUCAGCACGCUCGGCUUCGUGUCGUUUUCCUAUCUACGCAGGAGUCCGGCUGAACUGGGCAGCGCAACUUACUGGGCAUCAAGUAUUUACAACAACCUGCCUCGGUACGAAGUGAGACGUUUUAAGGGUGUUUUGGACACAGUCGAUCGUCAUAACACCACAACCGCACCGGGGGAGGGAAGAAGAACAACGUCAGAAACGUCGGAGAAUGACUCUAAAGCGAAGAUAUCAACCCCAUCCAAGGAACUGGUUAAAGAGACUGUUCAGCGCACAACCAAACAACCUCAUACUGUACACAUAACAGAGAGCGGAAAAUCUCAAUCCUCGAAUGAAAAUCAGACCGUGAUGGACAUAAACAACAACAAAACAGACCCGAAUGAAACCCUGAUAGUUGACACGGGAAAGAACAGGACGGAGACGACGCCGAAACCCGCGGAAAGUGGAACUCCACCGCCGCCUACAGUGCCUCCAGCCCAGCGGGACCCAAAAUGGUUUCUGAGCGACGACACCUACACAAAAUCGAAAUGCCCCAGUGCAAUCCGUGAGAACCCGGAGAAGGUUCCUAACGGACGAAAGUUUAUUCCAGACAUCCCCGUUCUGAUGUGGAACGAACACAUCAACCCUGAGGAGUACGCCAGGCUUCGGCAGUUCCAUAUGUGCUACGGCUGGAAAGGCAUAGAUUAUCAAGAUAUCAAGAACUGUCUCCGCCACUUGAACACGUCUGCCCACCGCUACAUGUUCCCCGGCUGGACGCCUGACCAUGCCGGCUGUAUCCGGUGUGCUGUUGUCGGGAACGGGGGGAUCCUGAGGGGGUCUGGCAAGGGGAAGGAGAUAGACGGACAUGACUUUGUCUGGAGAGUGAACGCCGCAAUGAUUGAAGGAUUCGAAGAGGAUGUCGGGACGAGAACAUCGUUUUACUUCCAUGACGUCAACACUAUGAGGAACUCGCAGGCAACAGGGCGAGUGUACGGGUACAGGCACCCGCCACAAGACGAGGAAACGGUGUAUGCCAACAUUCUAUCCGCCCCUGACAUGAGAGACUACUUUUACUAUGACGCCGCCAUGAGUUGGAAGCCAGUGAAGACUGGAAAAGACAAGAGCGAUACGCCCCCGUCUCAGUACGGUAAAAAACCUGCAAAUACGAAGUUCCGGAUGCUCCACCCUGACUUCAUGAGAUAUCUCAAGUACCAUUGGUUGAACUCCUCACGUGGCUAUGGCCGGUUUGAAGACAUCUACCGUCCGACUACGGGCGCCGCCAUGUUGUUGACGGCCCUGCAUACCUGUGACGUCACGCACGCCUAUGGCUUCAUCACUGCCGAUCACAGACAGUACAGCGAUCACUAUUACGAAACGGACUACCGGCAUGCGGUCGUGUUUUACGUUAAUCACGAUUUUCAGAUGGAGAUAGAACUAUGGGACAAACUGCAGAAGUCAGGACUUAUGACAUUGUACAGGGGCAACAAAACACAACCAACACAACGGUACCGAUACACACGUAGAUAUGAAAACUAAGUCGAUAAACUGAUCAUGCAUGGUUGGAAAACAUUCGUGUCAUCGUCGUCGUAACAAAUUAUCAUCAGAUUGAUUUUCAAUGAUUGUCGGAUUUAGACACUACG